UUUGACUUGGAAGUGGAGCAGCAGGACUUUGUAGUUAUGUGCUUGGUUUUAGGAAAGAGAAAGAGCUGCCUUUAAGGGCCUGUGGGUGGCCACCUCCUUGCCACUCAUGCUUUCAGCUCGAUGGGGGCUCCCACAGCCUCAGAGGGAGCAGAGUCCCCUAACUCCUAACAAAACCAGUGGAGGGCAUUGAGUUGUUUAACUUGAGCCAUUCUUUCUCUUUCUUCAUUCAUGCUUUCUUUUCUCAGGUCAAUUGUGUAGGCAUUGUCUUUUGCCUAGAAAAAAGUGGUUUAAAUAGAUAUGUGCUCUAUAAAUAGUAGCUGUCCCACUACUCUGGCUGCAAUUUAAGUAUUUGAGGGCGUUUCCAUUUUUAUUUUACGUAUUUUUUUCAACAGCACCGCUCCUCAGAAGAAUCUAAUCCGAAUAGGUUUGCACUUUUAUUUUUAUUUCAUAUGGAAAUAACUGACUCCUUAGUGAACUUGUUCUAUAGUAAAACAACUCCAUGGAGAAACACAAACGUGAAAGCUAGAAUGAGUAAGUACUAAAGAUACAUUCCUUUUCAACUUCUUUCAUACCCCCCCCUCGAUUUUAAUUUACUGAAUCAUCCAAGGUUCUGGUGGCCUGUCUUUGUUUUUGAGUAAUAUUAAUUUGGUCUCAGAUCUUCACUUUCUAUAAUGUGAGAUCUUUUGACAUGCUAUCCCAAAUUAUUUUAAAUUUGUUCAUUGAGAAUAAUUCUAAGUCAAGAAUUUCAAAUAAAAACAGGCAAUGACUAAAACCUGGAUUGCCUCUAAAUGUCUGAUUAGGUGCUAACAUGGACUGGUGGUUGGACCACUGACCAGGAAUUGGAAGACCUGCAUGCAGGUGUCCCACAUUCCAUCUUGCCGUUAGAAAAGUGCUCCUCUCUGGCAUCUCCUAGAGAAUGUAGGGAGAAACAAGGCCCAGCAGGGUCCCCCUGUGUACCGAGCACACCCAGCUUGUAGGCAGAGGGGUCCUGCUCUGGGCAGGGCUCCUCCCAACAGUCAGGAGAGGAGAGGAUGCCUUCUGCAGGUUGGUGGCCUCAGGGUAUGCCCACGUGUCCUCAGUGAGGAGCACUGACGAGCGUCAUGAUGUUCAGGGCUGGGCCUGUGGCACAAACCAUCAUUGCUGGCAAUGGACGUGGUUUUGGAAGGUGUGAGCACUGUGGUGACCUACCUGACCCUGCACGUGAGAGGCCUCAGUCUCACCAGCAAAGGUACAAGCCUCCUUGCGUAGGCAGCCUCCAUCUGCAGGAUCACGUUGGCGAACACGCUGCCAUUGAAGGCAUAAUGAAGUAGGUGUUACAGUUGGUGUUGGCCCUGGGGUUUUGUCUUCCCUAAGGAGUACCUGCUAUGUGUGCAGUGAUACUCCUCGUGGUCCUUUGCUGGAGGCACACUCCUCUGCUUGGGCCAGGAUUGAGUCCACUGUUCAGCCUUCUGAUGACACAGUGGAGUCCGCUGGAGCGAUGAUCCUGGUCAUUCCUGUUGCACCCAGCCCUGCAGCCUUCCUCAGUGUCUUUUCCUAGCUUGGUCUUUGAGCCCGCCACAACAGCAGGACCCCUUGUACAACUGCAGCUUUCUGACCCAGUGUCAUUCCUGGCAGCAGCUGCCUUGUUAGAGGCUCCCCAGCAAUGGUGGGAUUCAGAGAAGUUGGCAAUCCACCACAUGGAUACUGCUGGGCAUUUCCGCAGGCCCAGCAGCCUCCUCUGCGCCACCUUCAUUGUCUGGUGCAUCUCUCCUGUUCAUAAGUGUUGUUUGUGUCCCAUGCUCUCCGGAUAGAGCCUGCGCUCCCCUAAUCAGACACUCUCACACUGUGUGACAUGGCCUCUGUGGCUGUGCUGGGACGGCCCUCUCAGCUCCAUGCAAGCCGGGGCUCCCGGGGGUCAUCCCGCGCCCGGGGCCGCCCCCACACACACCACACCAGCCCCGGUUCCUCUGAGUUCGCCUCCGCACUGAGCGGACACUCGGGCGAGGCCUGGCAGGUUCUGAAAGUGAACCAUACCGUUGCGAUUUGAGAAAAUAACAGCUGCUGAAGAGAACUGGCCCGAGCCGGGCGGUUCAGGCGCAUCUCGCUCACGUGGCCCCUGCCGGGCAGCCGGCAUGUCCUCGGCUGGCCCCGCCCCGCCGCGCCCUCAUUGGCGCUUCUCGAAGGGCCGGCGAGGGUCAAGUGCGUUAAUUAACGUAAGUGAGUUAAUUGGUUCUCCUACUCGUCAGUCACGCCACGCCGCCGUCUUCAGCCCUCAUUGGCUGGAGGACCGAGGAGGCGGUUUGGGCGCCGAGUGGCCCGGACAUGGCGGACGGCGGGGGCGGCUGGCGGCCGCCGCGCCCCUGCGAGGCCUACCGAGCCGAGUGGGAGCUGUGCCGCAGCGCCCGGCACCUGCUGCACCACUACUACGUCCACGGCGAGCGGCCGGCCUGCGAGCAGUGGCGGCGCGACCUGGCCAGCUGCCGCGCCUGGGAGCAGCGCCGGAGCAACGAGGCCCAGGCAAGCCGAUUUUCUCAGUUGAUAUUCACCCUGACGGGACCAAGUUCGCAACUGGAGGACAAGGGCAGGAUUCUGGGAAGGUUGUGAUCUGGAAUAUGUCUCCAGUCCUCCAGGAGGAUGACGAGAAGGAUGAAAAUAUCCCCAAGAUGCUUUGCCAGAUGGACAAUCACUUAGCAUGUGUGAACUGUGUGCGGUGGUCAAACAGUGGGAUGUAUUUAGCUUCUGGGGGAGAUGACAAACUGAUUAUGGUGUGGAAGCGGGCUACGUACAUCGGCCCCAGCACCGUGUUUGGCUCCAGUGGUAAGCUUGCUAAUGUGGAGCAGUGGCGGUGUGUCUCCAUCCUCCGGAAUCACUCAGGCGAUGUGAUGGAUGUAGCAUGGUCUCCCCACGAUGCCUGGCUGGCCUCAUGCAGCGUGGAUAACACUGUCGUCAUCUGGAACGCUGUGAAGUUCCCAGAAAUUCUAGCUACUCUGAGAGGUCAUUCUGGCUUGGUGAAAGGGUUGACUUGGGACCCUGUUGGCAAAUACAUAGCCUCUCAAGCUGAUGACCGCAGCCUGAAGGUGUGGAGGACACUGGACUGGCAAUUAGAGACCAGCAUCACGAAGCCUUUUGAUGAGUGUGGAGGGACGACCCAUGUGUUGCGGCUCAGCUGGUCACCUGACGGGCAUUACCUGGUGUCUGCCCAUGCCAUGAACAACUCUGGCCCCACUGCCCAGAUCAUCGAACGGGAGGGCUGGAAGACCAACAUGGACUUCGUGGGGCAUCGGAAAGCUGUGACUGUUGUGAAAUUCAACCCAAAAAUCUUCAAAAAGAAGCAGAAGAACGGGAGUUCUGCGAAGCCCAGCUGCCCGUACUGCUGCUGUGCCGUUGGCAGCAAGGACCGGUCACUCUCUGUCUGGCUCACGUGUCUGAAGCGGCCACUGGUGGUCAUCCAUGAGCUGUUUGACAAGUCCAUCAUGGACAUCUCCUGGACUCUGAACGGGCUGGGCAUCCUGGUGUGCUCCAUGGACGGCUCUGUGGCAUUCCUUGACUUCUCUCAGGAUGAGCUUGGAGACCCCCUGAGUGAGGAGGAGAAGAGCCGCAUUCACCAGUCCACCUAUGGCAAGAGCCUGGCCAUCAUGACUGAGGCCCAGCUUUCCACAGCCGUCAUCGAGAACCCUGAAAUGCUCAAGUACCAGCGGAGGCAGCAGCAGCAGCAGCUGGACCAGAAGAGUGCCCCAGCCCGAGAGCCAGGCUCAGCAGCCUCUGUCGCAGGCGUCGUCAAUGGUGAGAGUCUAGAAGACAUCAGGAAGAAUCUUUUGAAGAAACAAGUUGAGACUCGGACAGCAGAUGGUCGGAGAAGAAUCACGCCUCUCUGCAUAGCACAGCUGGACACUGGGGACUUCUCCACGGCAUUCUUUAACAGCAUCCCCCUCUCGGGCUCCUUGGCGGGCACCAUGCUCUCCUCUCAUAGCAGUCCGCAGCUACUGCCACUGGACUCCAGUACCCCCAACUCCUUCAGCACCUCGAAGCCUUGCACAGAGCCUGUGGCGGCCACCGGUGCCAGGCAUGCAGGCGAUUCUGUCAAUAAGGACAGUGUGAAUGCUACCUCUACUCCUGUUGCAUUGUCGCCUUCUGUGUUAACCACCCCGUCCAAGAUCGAACCCAUGAAAGCAUUUGACUCCCGAUUCACAGAGCGGUCCAAAGCCACACCAGGUGCUCCUGCCUUGACCAGCAUGACUCCGACAGCCAUUGAAAGGUUAAAAGAACAGAACCUUGUGAAAGAGCUGAGGCCCCGGGACCUCCUGGAGACCAGCAGUGACAGCGACGAAAAGGUCCCUUUGGCCAAGCCUUCCUCGCUGUCUAAGAGAAAACUUGAGCUCGAGGUGGAGACAGUAGAGAAGAAGAAGAAAGGGCGCCCUCGGAAGGACGCCCGUCUCAUGCCUGUGGCUCUAUCUGUCCAGUCUCCAGCUACCCUCACCGCAGAGAAGGAGGCCAUGUGUCUGUCUGCACCAGCACUUGCACUGAAACUGCCAGUUCCAGGCCCCCAGAGAGCUUUCACCCUCCAGGUGAGCUCGGAUCCCUCCAUGUACAUUGAGGUGGAGAAUGAAGUGACGGCUGUGGGGGGCGUAAAGCUGAGCCGCCUGAAGUGCAACCGGGAGGGGAAGGAGUGGGAGACGGUGCUCACCAGCCGGAUCCUCACUGCAGCUGGUAGCUGUGACGUGGUAUGUGUCGCCUGUGAAAAAAGGAUGCUGUCAGUGUUUUCCACCAGUGGUCGCCGCCUCCUUCCUCCCAUCCUUCUGCCGUCCCCGAUCUCUACUUUGCAUUGUACAGGCUCCUACGUCAUGGCACUCACUGCUGCAGCCACACUGUCCGUCUGGGAUGUUCACAGGCAGGUGGUUGUGGUGAAAGAAGAGUCUCUACACUCCAUCUUGGCAGGAAGUGAUAUGACAGUGUCACAGAUCUUGCUGACGCAGCAUGGAAUCCCAGUAAUGAACCUGUCUGAUGGAAAGGCGUACUGCUUCAAUCCGUCACUCUCAACAUGGAACCUGGUUUCUGACAAGCAGGACUCACUGGCGCUGUGUGCAGACUUUAGGAGCAGCCUGCCAUCCCAGGACGCUAUGCUGUGCUCAGGACCCUUAGCCAUAAUCCAGGGCCGCACUUCCAACUCGGGAAGGCAGGCUGCCCGGCUCUUCUCCGUGCCUCAUGUGGUGCAGCAGGAGACCACCCUGGCCUACCUAGAGAACCAGGUCGCAGCAGCACUCACCCUGCAGUCUAGCCACGAGUACCGCCAUUGGCUCCUCCUCUACGCACGGUACCUUGUGAAUGAAGGGUUUGAAUACCGACUCCGAGAAAUAUGCAAGGACUUACUGGGUCCGGUUCACUACUCCACUGGAAGCCAGUGGGAGUCAACAGUAGUGGGUCUGCGGAAGAGGGAGCUGCUGAAGGAGCUGCUGCCAGUCAUCGGGCAGAACAUCCGUUUCCAGCGCCUCUUCACCGAGUGUCAGGAACAGCUCGAUAUCCUAAGGGACAAGUAGCCUGCCCUGGCCUACCCGGGCUGCAGCAAGGGCAGGGCUACACUCUCGCCACUUACAGCACACCGGGCUGCCUCUGACCUGGCCAGGCUGCGUGGGAGGAGGAGCCACUGGCAGGAAACGUGCUGUCCUGUACCAGCACCAGCCCAGCUCCCCAGGCAGACGUGCCCUGUGUCCUGGGCCCGAUGCUGCCUCAGGAGGGGCAGCUCACCCCUCCCUCCAGGCCCCCCGUCCGAAUCUAGGGCUGGGGCUCUGCCCGGCUGCCCUGGGGCCAGCAAGGCACUCCCAGGCCUGCCAUCUCCAGCACGGCCCCAAGGUGGACACUAGCCCCUGCCACUGCAGGUGCUGUUCUGCUUCAGCUACGACGAGUGAGCCAUUUGUGAGCGAGAAUCUGGAGCGUUAGGUAUUACGCAGUCAGCAAACUGACCUGAGACCGAUGUAAAAGGAAAGCUGUUCCGACACAUGGACUAUUUUUGUACUAGAAUUUGCUAACUUGUAAUAUGGAAUUUUCCUUUGGCUAAUAAUCAGGAUUUCCCUAUAAGUCACUUGGACAUUGGUCACUUGUAGGAAAUUUAAACUAAUUAUGACAGCUACACUGAAAAAUAAUUGUACUGAAAUUAACUUGUCUAUCUUCAUUUGGUUUUAAUUUUUAAAUGUUUGUAAAAAGAGACUGUUUUGGGGGGAAUGGGGCAAAGGGGUGGGCAAUUUCUUUUGUAAGUGUAAAAUAAAUGAACACGCAUUGGAUACCAAA